AUGGAGACCUUGUUCCCAUCUGUUUCACUCCAGACCAAGUCGACCUUCGAGGAUGUGGCUGUGCUCCUCUCCCAGGACGAGUGGGGUCGCCUGGGUCCUGCCCAGAGGGACCUCUAUAGGGAAGUGAUGCUGGAGACCUACCAGAACCUAGUCUCACUGGCAGCCCCAGGGCAGAUGGCCUGCAGCAUAGCCCUGCAUCUGGUUACCAACCCAGGCCCUUUUCCUUCCCAGGAGCAGGAACCUACAGGUCCCAAGCCCGGAGUGAUCUUACAGCUGGAGCGAGGGGACGAGCCCUGGGUGGACAUGCAGAAUGCCCAGGGGAGAGUGCACAUGAGAGUCAGCCGCUCAGCUCCUGGGACCAGGACUGAGUGCCAGGGAAGCCUGGAUAAGUCAGAGCGGCAGAAACACUCCAGGCCAGACACACGGAUGGGCAAGGAAAGCAGCCGGGAGGCUGGGGGAAGGCCUUUCACGGAUCAGCGACCUCACAAAUGUGAGACUUGUGAGCAAAGUUCUGAGCAGAGAUCCUACCUCAACCACCAUCAACGUGUGCACCGGUCAAAAAAGCCAAAUCUAGUUCCUGACUCAGGGGAAAUCUCAAAUUCAAACUUAGUUGUUAGAGAAGAUCAGAAAAUUCCCACUGGGAAAAAGCUGCAUGAUCGUGGUCACUGUGAGAAGACCUUCAGGUACCGCGCCAACCUGGCCAAGCACGAGCGGCUCCACCGCCAGGAACAGCCCUUCAAGUGCGGCGACUGCGGGCAGGCCUUCGGCCAGAGGCCCAACCUCAUGAAGCACCUGCGCACCCACAGCGGGGAGAAGCCCUACKGCUGCGGCGACCGCGGGAAGGCCUUCAGCGAUGGCUCCAUCCUCCUUCGGCAUCGCCGGACUCACACUGGGGAGAAGCCCUUUGAGUGUAAAGACUGCGGCAAAGGCUGUACCCAAAGCUCUAACCUUAUCCAACAUCAAAGAAUUCACACGGGAGAGAAGCCCUAUAAAUGCCACGCGUGUGAGAAAGCCUUCGUCCAGAAAACCAAGCUUGUGGAGCACCAGCGAAGCCACACCGGGGAGUGCCACCACUGCCGGGUCCUCGGCCAGAGCACACACCUCCUCCAGCACCAGCGCAUCCGCAACAGCUCCAGGCUCAUCCCGCACCAGCGGUCACACCACCGCAGCGGGAAGCCCUACGCCUGCGGUGACUGCCACRAGGCCUUCAGCCAGAGGGCCUACCUGGCCCAGCGCCGCAGGGCGCACACCGGGGAGAAGCCCUACAGGUGCGGCCAGUGUGGCCAGGCCUUUCGGCACAGGUCCAACAGGUGUCAGCACCAGAGGACGCACCUCCGCACAGACUGGCCCCUGUGA